CGUCUAAUGAGAAAUGCGAUGUUUUGCUACAAUGUCACUUUGAUAAUGAAUGAGUGACGACUAACCACUAUUGGCGUCAUCGUCCGUAUAAUAAUUUGCGUUUAUUAUGUAUAAUCUUUGACAAAAACUAGUGAAUAGACUACAUUACUAGAUACUUGUUCUAGAGUGCAUAAAUAUAUAACAUCAAUUCCUUCAUGUUGGAAAAUAUUUUUCAGCAAAAAAUUACGUAUGCAUAAUUGUAUAACCUACGUGAACUAAGCGUGAGAAUUAAUUGAUAAAAAUUCACUCAGAAAAAUCCACCAAGCUUAAAGGUUUAGUUCAUAGUGAGACUUGCGACGAAUUGCUAGGCUGAUAAUAUGAUCCACGUUUCUUGAAAAAAUUUUAACGUCUCAAACCAAUUGAAAUAGACUAUGAGGUUAUCAAAAUCAGUUUCAUUUUGGGGUCCGGUGUGCGGAAUUAUUAUUUUCAUCCAGCAUGUGGGAUGCCUUCCCGUGUCAGAAUCUGAAACUCCAUGUGAAUUACCCAAGGGGGUAAAAGGAGUGUGCAAAGAUAUUGCAAUCUGUCCAGCUGCGUUGUCAAACCUUAGAUCGGGAGUUCGUGACAUUGUGAAAUGUUCGGGGGAUGACCCAAAACUAAUUUGUUGCCCCAUAACACCACGCCCCAGUGCACAAAAAUGUUCGGAAUACAUGAAUAUUUUAAAAUCAAGCUCGAAGGGACCAGUUCCCUUGCUACCACCGGGAUUCUUUGAAGAUGAGCCUGAAGAGAUCCACUGCAGUUUGAACCUCAAUCCAUUAAUAUCUGGGGGCAGGCCGGCAGAAGUGGGCGAGUUUCCGCACGUCGCUGUGCUAGCGUACGACGUACCAAGAAUACCUUGGCGUUGUGGAGGCACCUUGAUCAGCGAUGAAUUUCUGCUUACCGCAGGUCAUUGUGUGAACAAUCCAGCAGCUGGACCACCCCUUCGAGUUUUGUUGGGAGAUGUGACUCUGAGUAAAAGUACAAGCGAGACACGGGAAAAUAUCGACGUGGACACAAUAAUUGUUCACCCCUUGUACCAUCCUCCUGAGACGUAUCAUGACUUGGCUUUGAUAAAGUUGGCAAGAAAAGUCAAGCUGUCAAGAUCUAUUCUCCCCGCAUGCCUUGUUCAACCAGAGGAUGAUUUCCUUAAAGGUGUGGAGAAUCGGACGCUGAAUGUGGCAGGGUGGGGUGUUCUUGGAACUGGAGAAGCCCAAAGUGACAUCCUUCAAGUGGCUGGAUUGUCGGGUUAUAGCCUGAAAAGCUGCAAUGCUUUAUAUAAUGGCCUACCAGCCAAGGAUUUGAAAUUUCCAGUUGGAAUUGCAAGGUCGCAAAUAUGUGCGGGAGAUAAAGUAGGAAGAAAGGAUACCUGCAAGGGGGAUUCUGGGGCUCCAUUAUUCCUCACAAAAACUGAACGAUGCGUAUUUUAUCUGCUCGGCAUCACGUCUUUUGGGCCCAGUCAAUGCGGUUCAUUCACGCCCGGAAUUUAUACAAAUAUUUAUUCGUACCUGGAUUGGAUUGAACAAAAUGUCUGGCCUGAGAAAAGUUAGUGAAUGUGGGCCCACAAUAUGCAUAAACAUACAUAUGCAUGUACAUAUAAUAGCAUAAACCAUUUUGUUAGCAAAUCUUCAGACUUUAAAAUAGUUUGUGCUCAAAUAAAUUUGUUUCUACGUGUUA